UGGAACCAUCUUGACUGCAAUGGGGUUUUGAUUUUAAUGGGUUUACUGGCAUUUGACUAAAUAUUAGUUAAACCUUUUUUUCCCCCCCAAGUUCUUAUAAAACGUGCAACCAAAUAAUCAUGGAAUUUUACUUCACAGCUUACUGAUUUAUCAUUAAAAAUGCCCUCAUUUAGGUUCUUAUUUAGCAAUAGUUAGUUGUUAUGGGUUUGGCUAUGAUAUUACAGGGUGAAGAAAGACUGUAGGCAUUUUCAAUUCCAUGACAAUAAGACAUGAGUAAUCUGAUGAAUUACAACAUCUCUUUCAGACAAUCUAUAUUUCAAAACAAUUUACCGCUGACUCAGAAAUUUUUGAAUUGGAAAUUAGCUUCAUGUUGCUAAACUAACCACAUCACCUGAGAGUGUCCUCAGUCUACAUUGGCUCUGCUACUAUUAUUCAGUAUUCAUUGAAAAAUAUAAUCUCUACACUCAGAAGAGGCUGCAACAGAGAUGGUGGGAUUCAAAGCACUCUGUUUUGGACUAUUUUGUAUUCUCUUUGCCUCUCAUAUUUAUACACCCAUUCCGGACAACAUCGAAGAAAGCUGGAAAGUAAUGGUCUUAGUUGCAGGUGCUAAAACUUGUACAUUUUUGGCUUUGUUUCUUGAAAAUAUAGGUAUUAUGAGAUUUGAAGAAUUUUUUUCCAUGAUAAUCGUGCUGGAUUAUACUCAACCACUUUCAGAUGAAUACAUCACAGUGACUGAUACCACAUUUAUUGACAUUCCAGUACGUUUGUACUUGCCUAAGCAGAAGUCAGAAACCCCGAGGCGAGCUGUAAUUUAUAUGCAUGGUGGCGGUUUUUGUUUGGGAAGUUUCAAGCAGACGGCUUAUGACUUCCUGAACAGAUGGACGGCAAACAGACUUGAUGCUGUCGUUGUGGCGGUGGACUAUAGAUUAGCUCCUCAAUACCACUUUCCUGUUCAGCUUGAAGAUGGCAUCACUGCAGUCAAGUUUUUUCUUCAGGAUAAAAUUCUUAAAAAAUAUGGCGUGGAUCCCAGCCGAAUCUGUGUUUCAGGAGACAGUUCUGGGGGCACUUUAACGGCAGCGGUAAUUCAAGAGAUGCAGAAUGAUCCUGACACAAAACAUAAAAUCAAGAUACAAGCUUUACUUUACCCUGCCUUACAGGUAAUUGAUUCUUGUUUGCCAUCUCACCUUGAAAACGAGAAUGGCUUACUCUUGACACGGGAUAUAGCCAUCAAACUCGUAAGUCUAUAUUUCACUAAGGAUGAAGCACUUCCCCCGGCGAUACGAAGAAACCAACAUAUGCCUCUGGAGUCAAGGCAUCUGUUCAAGUUUGUUAACUGGAGCACGCUACUUCCCGAGAAAUACAGAAAGGACUAUGUUUAUACUGAACCAAUCCUUGGCAGACCUAAUUAUUCACUACCAGGACUUAUGGAUAAUAGAGCAUUACCCUUAUUGGCCAAUGAUUCACAGUUACGGAAUUUGCCAUCCACCUACAUUCUUACCUGUGAAUAUGAUAUCUUCAGAGAUGAUGGUUUUAUGUAUGUCACACGACUUCGAAAUGCUGGAGUUCCAGUUGCUCACGACCACGUAGAGGAUGGAUUCCAUGCAGCUUUAUCAUAUAUGACCUCACCAUUUUAUUUACAUCUAGGCCUUAGGAUAAGAGAUAUGUAUAUUAGUUGGCUGGAUAAGAAUUUGUAAACAUGGAAUAUAUACAUACGACCAUCACUUUAUGGAUUGUAAUUUGUGAUACUUUGUAUACUAUGUGUCCUUGAACUAGUUCUUCAGUUUUCUAACUGAUUGGCUCUGUAUAUGUAAAAUAUAUGUAAUCCUGUCUGUGUUCUCCCUUUCUUAUAAUUGAUUAUAAUUGUAUUUUUUUCUGUGUUCUCCCUUUCUUAUAACUGAUUAUAAUUGUAUUAGUCCUAACAAUGGCCAACAUUCAUUAAAGUUGAG